AUAUAAUGAGGCAAAUGUAAGGAAGAUGAUGAAUAUAUUCGUGCUCGCAAACGACGCGUAAAAGAGGAGGAGGAGGAAUCGUCACAACAGCAACCCACGUCAGGGUCUGCUACGGUGCUCUCUUCGUUAAUUUUAGUACACGUUCCACUACCGUCUAGCUCACAAAGAGGAUAGUUCGCGCGCAAGAUAAUGAUAUUGGGCCAAGAACACCGAAUAAUGUCAUAACAUUGAAGAGGAGACAGCCCGUAUAGCCAAGAUAAUAUCUGCCGACAGCUGAUACUUCAAGAUCUCGUCCCGUACAUCAGCAGUUCCAUGAUGACGCGCAUCUACCUUCUCGUACCUCUAAUCUUCUGUUACCUUUCGAAUUCUGCAUUAAGUGAGCCAACGAGGUGGCUGAUGCAGGGUGAUUUAUUGAUCGACAAGGAGGCCGAGUCCAGAUCUAUCAAAGUAUUCACCCAGAAAUGGUAUAUUUCGGGUGGCGCCAACAGAGAGGUGUCCUACACGUCACUUCCGGACAGACCCAUCAACUGUGUGAUCGCCGCUUCCAUUCAUAUGAACGGUCACGUGAGCAUAGUGGAGGGUGGCCUUGGGAGCAACAAGAUCCGGGUGGAAUAUAAAGCGGAGAACGACAAGCGGGACGUCUUCUUCGUUCUCGUCCAGACCACAGAGAUGGAAUCGGUAAACGUCGAGGGCGACGUCGCGUGGUAUGCGAGAUCGGGCAUCGCCUACGAACCCAUGAAAAAUUGGACCCUCACGGAGAUCCAGGACGCUUUGCGCAACGUCUCUUCCGAGUUUCCUCCUCCUUCGUAACGGCACAAUUUUUUUAGUUCUUCGUAAUAAGAAUAAUAGUUGGAAAAGUGCGUUGGAUGUUAUGUAUGUCGUACCGUGAAAACGUUAUUUUAAUUUCGGAGGAUUCCUCCGUGAGUCAGAUGAUUUGAUUUAUUGAGCGCACGCGUUAUAAAACGGAGAGAAUUUAGCCUGAAAAUUAUCGGUAAUCGUGGGACAAUAUUAGAAAAAUUUUAUAUAAGAGUUUCUCUGAUUA